AUGACACCAAGUAGUGCUAAAAUAGAAUGUGUUGUUCGUUGUCAGGUGCGUGGAUUCGGUGAAGAAUGGCACCUCACAGCAAACUGGGACAGAAGACCUGAUCUUCAACUCAACAUCAAACCACAAAAGAAUUCAAACACAAGGCAAAAUGAUGGAGUUGACCUUGUCAUCGUGGAGGAGAUUCUCCGCAAUGCCAUCAUGGCCGCCACCUUUAACUUCUCGCUGCCCAUGAGGGCGCUACCUAGAGAUAUCAUAACUGCCACCAAUGCCAUCCAUACGAACACAGCCAGACCAACAUAUCCUUCCAUGAGUAACAACACAAAUCGAAUGCCUCAAGCCGUAUACCACACACCCAUCGUACCCUCCAGUACCAACCACGUGUCAUCUAAACCGCCUGCCCUGGCAGAAACGCGCCUCUUAGUCAAAGUGAUCAAAGCCAAUGGUUUGUUGGUUCGGAGUGGUGGUAGCAGCAGCAGCAGCGACCCAUAUUGCAUUGCCAUGCUAGAUCAACCGCCUCAGAGAUACAAGACAAACACCAUCGUUAAUACUACCAAUCCGUUCUGGGAUGAACACUUCUUGUUUCAACUAAAUAAUAACUCAAGGGAACUGCGCUUUGAAGUAUGGGACAAGGGAAGCGAAAAAGGAAGUGAUGAUUUGUUCUUUGGUGAGGCUCAGGUGCCGGUGGAUUCUCUGGAGCACAUGCGAGGUAGCAGACAUAUUUUACCACUGAGUGGAGUAACGGGGGAUGGAGAGACCGUCAAAGGGUCUCUUACUGUAUGGUUCCUAUUCAUGGAGUCGGCAGAGCAGAAUACCGAGAUCAAACCAAGACAGCCUGUCUCACCCACCAAGCGAGUAGAGACGUCAAGAAGCAUCGCCCCAGACGGUACAGUCAUCACCAUGGUAACAACGACAACAGCCAAGCCCAAGCCUGGGGAAAGGAGAUCUGGAUCUAACGAAGCACCAAUGAGGGUUGUCACAACGGCAGCAUCCCUUCCGACCCCCCAGAGACCGGGGGUAUAUCCCGACGGUGAGGGCGGGAUGGACAGGUCUCAUCAUUCUACCGGUACUCAAUCUUUGGAUGUACCAAGGCAGAGAACAUCUUCAGCUACUCAAACUCCUGGUCCAAGCAUUAUAAUCAGAGAAACCAGGCAAGAAUCAAGCACGCCCCCAACGGAAAGAAGUUCACGCUCCGUAGCUGAUGCAGCCAUCAGACAUCUCUCAGAGUCGGCGGAUAACAAACAAAAAACACCAACAAAGAAAAGCACUCUCAUUAUCCACGGUGUCUCACAGACUCCAAAUGUGGAUCUCUCAACCCUUAGCGAUGAACCAACACAAAGCAAUUUCAAGAGAGAUGCAUCACCGAACCGCAGCAAACGUGGCUUCAAGCUCUUCAGGCGGCGGAGCAAGAAGGAGAAAGCGAUGAGAAGCGUUAGCCUGGAUGAAUCGGAUCUGGACCGGGCCCGCCAGCAGGCUAUACGAAGCUCAGAGGGGACGUCAACCCUACCGUUACCUGAUCAUAGAACUAAUACAUUGGAGGUGCCUAGCCCAGAGACACAUGAACCUAUUAGUGCUGAAUCCUCACCAAGGAGAAGUAAGAGGAAACUGUUUGGUUUCUUGAAGCGCCAGAAGAGUAAAGAGAGGCAGUACAGCUCACAGGGUAGCUUACAACCUAAAGCAGCCAAGGGUAAAGCCCAACCCGUCGUCCCUAGACAGAAUCUUACAGUACCAUCAGGACAACCUAGGUCAGCUAGUACAGAGGAUAUAGACGUUCACCUUCGUCCCCAUGACAACAGAGAUACCAGACCACGCCCAUUAUCCAUGUGACUACUCCACCCCUCCCUGAAACGCUUCCCUCUGCCGAUGUCCACCCCUUACAAGAAAAUCACCUUCAAACUUCGGUUAAACCUGUCAUGACAUGGCGUGUUUUCAGACAUUAUCAGCGCUUGUGAUCGAUAGCGCUUUCAGUCACCAGUGGUGAUCAGUAAAUUAUUACGUACACCUGCCAGCUAUCACUACUUGCAAUAGAUGGCAAUUGGCGAUCAGUAACUUGUUAUUCAGACUUUAUCGUCACUUAAGAUAUAUUGCAAUAGGCGAUGAGUAAUACGUCACUCAGACGUUAUUACCACUUGCGAGAGAUUGCAGCAGACGAUCAGUGAUAUGUUAUUCACAUAAUCACUACUUGUGAUAGAUUGCAAAAGACGAUCAGUAACAUGUCAUGUAGUUCUUAUUACCACUUGUGAUAGAUUGCAGCUGGUGAUCAGUUAGAUAUCUAUCUGAAGUUAUCGCCACUUGCGAUACGCGUCAUGGUAAUGCACGUUACUUUCGUAAAAUUAUGUAUCACAAACGAGAUGAUAAUGAUCUAAGCUCUCUCCAGUCAAAAUCACAGAUGAUGAGUAGCGAUUUUCGGGACUUGUUGUCCAUAGCACGAAUGUGUUCUCAAGUGGUGAUUGAUCAUGAGUAAUGAUCAAUUUUCACUCGAGAUAAUGGAGUUUUUGGAUGUGUCAACUUUCACGGAUUGAGAUUGAUAAUGAUAAUGCUAUCUCAAUUGGCAAUAACGUGUGAAUUGGGGGGAGAGACACCUUUCUUGCCUCCUGUUUCCUUCUGUAAUCCCUUCAGGACGAUGUUUACUUUAGGCUAUAGUUGAAAUCCUGAUAAUAUUGUUAAAACAUGGAAGGAUUAUAUAAACCAAGUUUCCUUUUUCUUUGACAGACACUAACGUGGACCUUGACAGUCAUACUGUACUAAAAAGUUAUUUGCCCUUGUGAAGGACUAGAUAUAUUUUACAGAGUUAGUUUAUUUGUAGAAAUUUACAGAUACCGGUAUGUAUUAAUGACAUAUAUAUGCUUUAAUAUUAGGGGGAUGUACACUUUAAAUUUCAUGGACAGUUAAGCAAUUCAAUCUCAAAAGAUUUAAAUUAAAUCCUUUUAGAAUUAUAUUCAAAUCCACAAAGUUUAAUUCUACACUGUUCACUAGCCUGUAAGCACAGAUUCAAUUUUGACACUUUAACCAAUAACAGGUCUAGAGUGGAGACUAGAUGUCUGUGUAAAAUGAGAGCCAGCCACAGUACAUAGUGAAUCUAGUCUCACUAAUUCAGACUCUACAUUUUACACUAUGCAAAUUGUGAGAAACAAGGGUCUGUACCUGCAGGAUAACUAUUCACAUUCGAUCUGGAUUUAUUCUUAAUUUUGGAAUUUAGAGUGUGUAUGGAAUUUGAAUAGAUGAUUGGAAAUAAUUUAGAUUGUACUGAAUGUAGUUCAUUACAGAAGUUUGAAAAAAUCAUAUUUGAAGUCUCUUAGUUUGUUGUGUGAAAUGAAGAAUUGUCAUUAAAUGAAUUUAAUGGAAUUUAUCAGUAAAUUUCUUAGAAAUGAAUUUAUUUGCUGAAAAUGAUCAUUUGGCAAAUAAAUUAGUCAUCAGUUUGGGUUGCAAAAUGAGGAAUGUUUCUUGGAAAUGAUAUGCACUUAAAAUGAUAAUCAUGCUAACUGAAAUGAGUAAUUAGUAAUUAUUUAAUGAGUGAUAAAAUUCAAUACAACGCAACGUUCUUUGCUUUGCAAAAUUAUGAAUUUAUAGUGGUACUAAAAUUACAAAAUGAGAGAUUUCCAAAAAUGGUAAUAUUAGAUCAGGUUCAAACAUGUGCUUUGAUUUUAAAAUACAUGGUAUAAAUGUUUUUAGUGAAAUUUAUCUGAUUUAUAUUACUGGUAGUCAUUUUACUGAUUUACUGAUUUCAGUUCAAAGAAGAUUCAAAUCAAUGCAGUUUGUUUUGGUUUUCACACUUCUAAAUUAGGGUGAAUUAUCUGAUUCUAUGAUUGAUAAGGUGACUAAACUUUCCCUGUUUUGAAAAGCAUUCGAGAAUUUCAUGGCUUUGUUACAUAAAUCCCAGAAAUAGCUACAUUUGCUUCAUAUCUUUUGCCAUUUUAUAGAUCUAUGUAGGUACAUUUUUAAAAGCCUUUAUUUUGUAAAUAUUCUGAGAGAACGCCCAUAUUUAUUGCAUUUCGUGUGCGCAAGUUAAAUGAGCUGGUCUCAAUAUAAUUUGCAUAUAUUUUUUUUGUUCACAUUUUAUUUAUUUAUUUUUUUUUGGGGGGUGGGGGUCGUUGUUUGCUAUAACAUCAUACUCAGAAGUAAUUUGCAUCGUAGAUUAUUGACUUUGCAAGAAAACUUGUACACUGUUGAAAACAGUGGUGUUAACUUAAAUCUACACUAAAUUAGUGUUGUACAUGGUGAGGACGGCACCAAGGUGUCAAUUUCUACACCCUUUAGUGUCAUUCUGUUUGUGAAGUCAAUCUCAACAUUUGGUGUCAUUUUAACACCUGUUUGAAGUAAGAAAUUAUCCUAUAUUCUAUUUAGCACCGUGAUAAGAAGUAGCAUUGUAGCAAUUAUUAUAUUUGGAAAUGCACACAGAACUAGUGAAUCAAUUUCACUAUAGCCUACAGUAGAAAAUGUACUUUUAUGAAUGUUAAUGAAAUUUAAAGCCUUGAUUUUAUUAAAUUUAUCGAAUUUCAUAAGGUGUACCAAAGGUUGGUUUAUUUUCUAUUCUAAUGCUGGAUCUUUCGGAAUUGUCUUUCACGCAAUGUUAUGUAUGCCCAGCCCACACUAUUUAUUAAUGCCCUGUUUUCAUGAAACCUAUUAUGUAUGAUAACUCUACUAUCGCUGGUAACUACUGUCAAAACGUUACCCCCAAAACAAAAAACCUGUUUAAAAAAGAAAUCCAUGGGACUUAUAUAAUAGAGCCCCGUACACCUGCUAAAAUAGCACCUGAUUGUGGGGUGGAGCUCAUUUUUAACAUAGGAUAACAACGAUUAUUCUUAUUUGCAAUCAAUCAUAAAAUUAAUUAUGGAUGAAUACUGUACCUCAGUUUGUGUUAAAGGAAGAGCCUCUGAAGAAAGGGUGCCAGGGUCAUUAUAUUGAACAUCUGAUAGGAAGACAUUUCCUAUUAACAUGGGGUUGUUUCACAAAGAUUUAAGUAUGACUUAAGUCGCACUUAAAUGCCGACGCGUACAUGAUAUGCAACGCGCAAUCCUAUUGAUCAAUACGCAGUAGUGCGCGUCAUCUUGACAUGAUUUGACCAACGCGCGCAAGUAGACUUUUAAAUGCGACUCUAAUUCAUAUUUCAAUCUUUGUGAAACACCCCCCCUGAUGUGGAAAAAAGUAUGUCAUACAUACAGUGGUCCUCAAAGGUUAUUGAACCCCACCAGAAAAUGAAUAUAUUUAAAGCGUUCAAUUUCUGACAUGUUUUAGAUAUUUCAUUGAGAAGUCAGGUGAAAAAUUAUUACAUUGAAUAAAGUUUGUUUCUCUGGGCUCGCCAAACAUUGUCGUGUUGUCUACUUUCAACACUCGGUAUAAAAGAGUGCAUUUUUGUUGUAAGGUUCACUAACUUCUGAGCACAAUUUUUAUUCUAGUAUACUUAUUGGAACUAGAAACUAGAAAUCAAAUUUCUGAAUCACUUAUUGUGGAAAAGUGCCUGCUUUUGGAGUAUAUCAGGGCCCUGUCUUACAAAGAGUUGUGAUUGAUCCAAUUAAUCUCACCUAUGGACAUCCCAUCAAUGUCAGAAUCCUUGGAAACAAAGAAGAGCAUACCGGAUGUGUGUCAUAAAGCUGUUCGCAAGUUACGAACAAUUUACGAGGGAUCAGUGUCCAUUUUCGUAGGAACUAAAUCAAUGCCAAUGUGAAUCUAGUAUGUGUCAUUUACCAUAAGAAAGGAUCACCAGUCGUUCAUAAAGUCACUCGUAACUUCGGAACAGCUUUAUGAAACACCAUCUUGGUGUAAAAGAAAUGAUGCAUGCACAAGUAUUUAAUCGUAGAUAGAAAGCACUUGCCUGGACAUUGUAGAUGUUGGCGUUUUUGGAUUUCAAUAGUUGUGAUUUAUCAGAUAGAAAGAUAGAAAGCAAUUGCAUCUACAUCGUAGAUGUUGGUGUUAUUGGAUUUCAAUAGUUGUGUUUUAUCAGAUCAAUCGCAACUCUUUGUAAGACAGGGCUCAGGUCAUAGUUAAUAAAGCUCUUUUAAACGAUUCUCAGCUGCAGGUAUGUUUAUCACGUGAAUUAAUUUGGUGAUACAUAAACAUCGGGGGGGGGGGGGGUGUUCACAAAGAUUUAAGUGUGACUUACAGUCAUGCUUAGUGCUGAUGUGCACAUGAUCAUUUAACGUGCAGCCUUAUCGAUUAAUUGCAGUAGCGCAUGUCCUCUUAAGCGGUGAUGCCUUUUAUUAAAUUGGCACGCAACUGGACAUUUAAGUGCGAUUCGGAGUCAUAUUCAUCUCUCUGUAAAUCACCCCCAGGUGUGAAAGUAGGCAUUUUAUGACAAUGAUAAUUUUAAGAGUAAAAAAACGAAAAAUUAUUAUAAUGAUCCAAGACCAUUUAGGGAACUAUAGAAUUGAUUGAAAUAAAAGCAUCUGAUUAUGUAAUUUCAAAGUAA